AUGGAGCAGAUUUGGGUUCUUUCUCGCUUAGCAGUAACGGUAACAUGCGUAGUGUGUUUAGGGUUUAGUGUUGGGAUGUCCCUAGAGUCAGAUCCCUUGAUCAAGACUUACGUGUCAUCAUCACUACCGUCUAAUGAUGACCCGCGCUGUUACGUGCUGGUUAUGUUCACAUCUGACAAGUGCAAAGAUUGUCAAUUUAUGAACUGCCUACUGAACGAGCUGGACUGGAAAUACACGGGUAGGAUGAAAUUCUACAUUGUUGACUUUGACAAGGAGCCAGUCAUCGUAGAACGUUACAACGUGACCGUUCUUCCGACCACUAUUAUAUUCAGAGACGGACACAUGGAAAGCAGAGUUAACGGGUUUUAUCCAGAUAUGGUAAGGUUACUCGUGCACCAAGCUGCAAAUUGA